GGAUCCGCGGAGGGGCGCCGGGUCGGCGCGUAAAACGCUUUUCCAGGACCUCCUGCGAUGGAGGCGGCUUUGCGGCGGGAACUUGGCACCUCGGUGCUGCGGCCUGCGGGGCACUCGGGGGGAGGCUGCAUCAGCCACGGCGAGAGUUUCCACACUGACCACGGGAAGGUCUACGUGAAGCGUAAUGCCAAGGCUGAGGCCAGAAGAAUGUUUGAUGGAGAAAUGGCAAGUUUAACUACUAUUCUACAAACACAGACAGUGAAAGUUCCUAAACCUAUGAAAGUUAUUGAUCUGCCAGAAGGCGGUGCUUUAUUUGUGAUGGAACACUUGGACAUGAGAAGUCUCAAUAGACAUGCAGAAAAACUUGGGAUUCAGCUGGCUGAUCUUCAUCUUCAUAAUCAAAAGCUUGGGGAGAAGUUGAAGAAAGAUGCAAGCACUAUUGGUAAAAGUGAGGAUCAGAUGGAUAUUCAGUUUGUGGAAGAGUUUGGGUUCCAUUCUGUCACUUGUUGUGGGUAUCUUCCACAGGUUAAUGACUGGCAACAGGACUGGGUAAAUUUCUUUACUAGGCAACGAAUUCAGCCUCAGAUGGAUUUGACUGAGAAGAAUUCAGGAGACAGAGAAGCAAGAGAGCUUUGGGCUCAACUCCAGUUGAAGAUACCCAGUUUGUUUGGCAAUCUGAAAAUAGUUCCUGCUCUUUUACAUGGGGAUCUGUGGGGAGGAAAUGUAGCUGAAGAUGAUUCUGGGCCAGUUAUCUUUGAUCCUGCCUCUUUCUACGGUCACUCUGAGUAUGAGUUAGCAAUUGCUGGGAUGUUUGGUGGUUUCAGGGGUUCAUUUUAUUCUGCUUACCACAGUAAAAUCCCGAAAGCACCAGGUUUUGAUAAACGACUCAAGCUCUACCAACUAUUUCACUACAUGAACCAUUGGAAUCACUUUGGUGGGGGCUACAGAGGGUCAUCUAUAAAUAUUAUGAAAAAUCUGGUGAAAUGAUUUAUUGUGAAAUUUUAACUCUGUUUGGAAAAAUACAUGGCUUUUCAGCUGCAGUGAUCUGUGAUACUUAUUUAUUAGAGUUAUAUCCUACCUUUCAUCCAGGAGCCCAAAGUGGUAGAUAUAGCUCUCCUUCCAAUUUUUACCCAGGAGAGAGAGGGAAAGGUAAUGAUUGGGCUAAGUCACCCAGUGAACUUCCAUGGGUAAGGUUCCAACAUCUUAAUUACUACAUUAUCCUGGUUAUAAUCUGACUUAAUAUCCUUUUUCCAUAAUCGAAGAUCAAGCUCUGCUAUGUCCCAAACCUGGUGUCUUGUUAACUGCAGUUUAUUAAAGAGCUAUCUGAGGGGGAAAUAAUCUGAGAUUUGCAUGAAGGAGUUUUUGCUGUUGAGAUGACACCAUAGAAUUGAUUUAGUAGAUUGCAGUAGAGAAAAUUGCUCUUGAGACAAUAGUUUAGGAUACAUGUUUUGCCAGCAACAGUAGAAGGGGAAAAAUACUAUGGCAGGCCCUUAGUUCAGGUCACAUGUUACUAACAAUGAUCAUAAAGACAGAAUCAGAGAUAUUAGUGAUCUUUCAUAAUACUGUACCCAUGAACAUAUUGGGAAUUUUCUUACUGUGCUAUGUAACUAGAUUAUUCUCAGUAUUUGUAAUAAUUGUAUUUCAGUAUUACUGUUAUAGUUGCAUUUACAUUAGAUGCAUGUCCUAAGCUAAAAUUAGAAUAUGAAGGAGUGCAGCCUAGGUGGCUUUUCUUGUUUCUACAGUGAGCGUUCUUAGUAUGGCUCUGGGCAUCAAAAUUCUUUGCCUGCAGGACUCUGCCUGAAUCUUCCAAGCAUACCACAGUUUAUGGUGGCUUGGUUUGUUUUCCUUCUGUAAGGCUCCAGCUGGUGUCUGUUCUUAACUACCACACCCUUGACUUUUAUCUUGUGAUGUACAGUGUAUGUUCUUGGACUAAGUUUAUUUAUAGGCAGCUGUAGCUAUUUCAGAGUUACUUUCUUGUGGCUGCUUAGUUGAGUCCAUGCCUUUUAGUAGCCAUUCCGCUGAGCUGGAACUACAACUCCUGGAAACCCUAGCCAAUCAUUGCUGUGUUGGCUCAUAAAUCUUGGGAUUAUAUACUAUCCACAAGGUGUGAGGUUAGAAUAGGCUCUCUUAGUGAUUUUUUUGCAGUAUGUCCUGAGCUACUUUGAGUAUUGAUAAAAAUAAAGCAAACUUUGUGCUGGUAAAAUGCUAAAUGCUGAAUACUACUUAACAAUAUUACAGGGUAGGAGAUAUAGAUUGAGGAGGGAAUCAUAAUACCUGAUAACCCCCCCCCCCCAUCUUCUUCCAUUUUAAUGCCUUAGUUGUCUGCAAUAUUUGCAACCAGUUAGACUGGUAACACUAUUUUUCUGGAGGAUGCUUAUGACUUAACUGCUGCUGAGCUACAGCAAAAAUAUGGUUAUUUCCCAUCUCCCAACCCCCCCAAAUACAAAAUCUUCCUGCUUGGGAAAAGAAAAUCAUUUGUUGUUUUUGUCUAUCACUUAAAGUACAAAGUCUAACUAAAAAAGUGGCAAAAAUAAUUCUAGUCCAGAUUGUGAUAGCACAUUAUUUCUUCUGAAUCUUUUAGUAAAAGCGUUUAAGUUGUUUCUUCUUUAGUCAGGCAGGGCAUUCUUAUGUGGGACAGAUAUUUAGAGAAGUAAUUUUAGCUAUAAUUCUUUGUCCAGUGGCAGUUCCCUCUGUGUGGAUUGUUUAACAGGGAAGACUAGAAAGAGGAGAGGGAAAAGUUUUACUGUUACUGAUUCUCUUUAGUUCUUGCGUUUGCAUGAAUCCUGCUAGCUCUUGUUUCUGGUGUGCAGCAGCAGGAAUGCUGAAUCAGUAUACCUAAUACUUGAAAAAGUGUAUUGGAAAUACCCUGAAAAUGAUUUACAACAAUUGUGAAGUGCUGAUGAAGAGUUUUAUAGAAAGUAAUAAAUAGAUGCAGAACCCCUUAAACAUUUCAGGACAAAGUAAUAUUUGGACCUGGGUGGAAGGACAUGUAUGAAAUUACACUAUAUUUAGAAGUCAAAGAUUGUAUUUAAUGUACUGGGGAAGAUAUGUCUAUGGCAAACAAUUAGAAUAUCAAUUUUGCUCUUUCAGAUGUUGCUUUUUGGUGGCUCUUCAUUCUAAAUCACCAGGUAGGUAGAAAGGCAUGAUUGCUAGAAUGUAUGCUCAUGCAGAACUUGGAAGGUUUUUGAUGGCUUUGAAUUAACAUUAUUUGGCUUUACAUUAGGGGAAAAAAUUACACUAAUCUUUAAAAAUCCCAGUAGACUAUGUGAUUCCCUGCUUUCUCAUUCUGAACUUACUGGGUGUUCUGAUUUCAUAGAAGGAUGUUACCCAUGGGCUCUCUUUGUCAUCUUUUGUUAUUGUUCAAAUAAAAUACAUUCCUGAGCA